UCAUCUUUUUCUCCUCCAGGUCAGAUAACGAUGGAUGCGAUCUUAUCCCGCUUGAAGCAGCUCAGCCCUGAUGAGCUUAGAGAAGAAGUUGUAAGAGCAGGACUGAAGUGUGGGCCUGUCACCUCGACUACCAGGUUUAUCUUUGAGAAGAAAUUGGCUCAGUUUUUAUUGGAGCAGCAAGGAACGUUGGAAGAAGAAGGGUCUGCGUGGUCAGAGGGGGCUGCUGGGAGCGACCCGUCCGAUGGCACACACACAGCUUUGAAAAGUGCUGCAGCGAAUCACAACCAUCAUGGAAGUGUGUCUGAAGAGGUCGACUUUGGGUACUGUGUCGGGCUGAACCCUCCAGAAGAAGAAGCUGUGGCACACGUGAACUGUUCGGCUCCUGCCUGUGGGGCAGGACAUGUAGGCUCACAAGGCAGCGCUCAGACACCAUCCAGAGAUCCACCGCUAUACUACGGCGUUUGCCCCGUCUAUGAUGACAUACUGGCAAGAAAUGAGAGAAUACAUGUUUAUGAAGAUAAGAAGGAAGCUCUCCAGGCUGUUAAGAUGAUUAAAGGUUCACGAUUUAAAGCGUUUUCAAACAGAGAAGAUGCUGAGAAAUUUGCUAAAGGAAUCUGUGAUUACUUUCCAUCUCCAAGCAAGUCCUCUCUGUGUUUGUCUCCGAUGAAAACAGGAGCACUUAACAGAGAUGGCUUAUGCUCACUUGAGAUGGAAACUGCUAACAAGGAAAGGGCCAACAGUUACAAAAGUCCACGCACCCAGGAUCUUACUGCGAAGCUUCGGAAAGCUGUGGAGAAAGGAGAUGUAUCAACAUUUUCAGAACUGAUUUGGAGUAAUCCUCGCUAUCUUAUUGGGUCUGGAGACAAUCCAACAGUUGUACAGGAGGGGUGCAGGUACAACGUCAUGCACGUUGCUGCCAAGGAGAACCAGCCUGCUAUCUGCCAGCAGUUACUGGAGACUCUGGAAAAUCCUGAGUUUAUGCGGCUGAUGUAUCCGGACGACGAUAACACAAUGCUAAGGAAUCGCAUCCGAUACAUUGUUGACCUUUACCUCAAUACACCAGAUAAAAUGGGAUUUGAUACUCCUUUGCAUUUUGCCUGCAAGUUUGGGAAUUUGGAUGUUGUUAAUGUACUUACCUCACACCCGGCUAUUGUAAAAAACUCAAGGAAUAAAUAUGAUCAAACUCCAGCAGAAGUAGUUUGUGAGAGAAGCAAGAAUAAAUCUGCAGAAUUGAAAGAAAAACUGAGAGAGUAUUUGAAAGGUCGAUACUAUGUACCACUUCUGAGAGCAGAAGAUAACUCCUCAGCUCCUGUGAUCGGUGCGCCGUGGUCACCGGAUCAGACAGAUGAAAAUCCCCAGGCAGCUUUGUCCAAAUACCCGGGCAGCCCCAAAGAUCCCGUGUUGUCCAUACGAGCUUUCGCAGGCCCCAUGAGUCCCUCCAAGGCUGAAGAAUUUCGCAGGCUGUGGAAGACUCCACCCCGAGAGAGAGCUGGCUUCUUUCACAACGUCAGGAAAUCUGAUCUGGAAAGAGGUGUUGAAAGAGUUGGAAGGGAGUUAGCUCAUGAACUGGGGUUCCCGUGGGUUGAAUACUGGGAAUUUCUGGGCUGUUUUGUUGAUCUGUCUUCCCAGGAGGGGCUGCGAAAAUUAGAAGAGUACCUGAGCCAUCGGGAAAUGAGCGAAAAGGCUCAGCAAGAAACAGGGGAAAAUGAAACCUGCAACAGAUACAAAACGCCACAUCCUUCUGGCAAGAGUAAAAAGUGCUGCAAUUCUAUUUCUGUUGGAGCAUUUUUGGAUGAGGAUGACGAUGACAUGAGCUUAGAAGAAAUUAAAAACAGACAAAACGCAGCACGGAAUAACAGCCCACCUGUUGUGCUGAAGGAACCCAGCAUUGAUGCUAUUGGAGAUGCCGAGUGUGAAAUCUUGUCAAUGGAGCAUCCCAGAAACAUCAUAGAAACAUCAGCUCAGCCCAGGCUCUAUGAGAAGGGGGUUUCUUCCAGCAAAAACGGAUUUUGUAAUCCUGUGGCCAGUGAAAGGAUAAUUGGUGACAGAAAGCAUGUGCAUGAUGGAGAAGAUUGCCUUGUGUCACCUGUUUGCAAUUUAAUGUCAGAAUUUGAAAGCUUAACAUUCCAGCCACAAGCGGGUGCAGGAGAAUCAAAUACCAUCAGUGAAAGAAUUAAGAACGAGAGAAUUCUGCCUGAAAGAACAAGCCAGGUUAGGAUACCCAAGGACUGGCUGGAUAAGUCCUGCUAUGCAGUUUCACCAGCGAGUUCUUCUGAGCCAAGUGUUACAGGGAAACCUGGAGAGACCAAGCUAAGGACAGAAUAUAAAAUGCAGUCAGAAAGGGAAAGAUUGUCUAUGGAAUCUGGAAUCCAGACUAAUGAGGCACAGCAGUCUCAAGAACCUCCUGCCCAGAAAUUUCUUUUGAAGACUUCACCGGCAAAUGACAACUCCAAGAAAUUAUUUCUGCUUGGGGAGCGUCCAUCAAAGCUGGACAGUGACGUCUUAGCAGCUAUUGAAGCAGUACAGAUCGAUUCCCAGAAGUACCCUGCAAUUUACAGAUGGAAACACGAGGUGCAGUCCUACUCUUCAGCUGACAGGCAAAGUUGGCCAAGUCCAUCAUUAAAGGGAAGAUUCAGGUCCCAAAGCGCAACUGCUUGCCCACCAAAUGCUUCGGUGUAUUCUAGUCCAGGAAGAAACAGUCCCAUGACGGGAAGUCCGGGGAAACAUGGCAAUGCUGCCUCGUUCUCUCCAGACCUUGGGAGCCCUGGCCGCUACAGUCCUGCCUGUGUCAACCACUCUGUGUUAAAAAUGCGUUAUUUUUCAGAGCCUCCUGCCCACUAAACUAUGAUUCGUUUUCCUGAAACUUUAAUUGAAUUUUGUUUGUUAGAGUGAAGGAAAAAACUACAAUACUACUCAAGUGACACGAGGUUUGCACUUGGCUAUUUAUUUUUCCUCAAUUGAGGACAAAUGUAUGUUACAAAAACUGAAUAUAUGUCUUUAUGUCAUAUAGGAGAUGAUGACAGAUUUCUGGUGAUAUGCAAGAAGUUAGUGAGGUCAGUGCAGUUGUCCAGUAGCUAUGGCUUUUCCCUUCUUGCCCACAGGGCAAUGAGCUGAACCUUGUCUUAGAGCUGGUGGUAUUUCAUUAUCACCUGCUGUCGUUAGCACAACGACCUCAUUAGCCCUCAGCAACUUUUCUUUGCUUGGGUAGGCUGAAGGAAGCACGUCAGUGAAACCUGACUAGAAAGCUUACUAGAAGAAAUUAAUGGCAAGAUGUAAAAUGUUCUUCUGCUUACAAGGGGGAUGUGCAACUGGAAAAGCUUACAACAAAGCCUGGGUGGUGACAGCAUUCCAGUGUGGGGUACCAACGUGGAACCCUUCAACAUAACCAGAAAGGAGGUAUUACAGCCAGCAGGCUGAUGGAGAUAGUUGAAUACACACACACACACAUAUAUAUGCACACAUACUUCUAGGUGUAUGCAUGUAUUUACACAGCAAACUUUGAGUCUUAACCUGAGACUGUUAACAUGAUGUAAUGAGUGUUUUAGUAAAAGGGCACUGUAGAAAUACUGGUAAUCCUUUCAAUGGUAGCUUCAAGAUUUAAAAAAAUUAAAAUUAGUCGCUUUUUCCCCACAAAAGCUUUUCUCGUUUGCAGAACAUAAUAAUUAGUUAUUGAAAGCACAUCAGCAAUAAUUUCAGCAAGUUUACCAGUAAUGUACCUUAAUGGUGUAGUUUGUAAUGCAGUACAGUGCUAUUCAGUGACUCAUGAUACAGUUCCUCAGUUCCCAGCUGCUGAGAGGACUACAAAUACUGGCCUACACAUCUAAGCUGUCACCGUGUCUCCAGUCUGGACGUGGUAACCCAUUUCUGUUAUUCCUUCUUCAGCCUCCUGAAAGAAUCACUCAUUUUGACUGUUCACUGCUGAAGUUUCAAAACUCAAAGGGAGCUUUCUGUAUUGAAAAAAAAAAGGGCAACCAGUCUUAUCCUCACACCCUCGAACUAACUAGAAAAAUUAAUUACAGCCUGCCAGUGGUGUGCUACUUAAAAGGAUGGGUUGGGAUUCACUGGUGCCACAGAGUAAAAGUAACCUUGGACUUUGUAACCUAACUCUACACCUAAGGAGACAGUAACUGCAGGCAGGAUGCCAUCAUGCAGUGCUGGGUCCCUUUGCCACAAGGGCUGACCCACAGAGGCAGAGCAGCAGGAGCCACACGCUGCCAUGUUCUAUGGCCAGCACACACUGCAGCAACUGUCCCACACACCCUUAAACAGGGUCUUAUUUGGUAGAAACCUAAAAAAUGCACUUAGUGCUUUUGCAAGCUUAACAGUGCCUUUUGUAACAUACAUUUUUAAUUACACUUUUGUUCUUUUAAAAGUGAAGACGUGUCAUCCACUCACUUACUUACGGUGGGGCACAAAAGUUUUUUCUUCUGAAAUUUCUAAAUUGAAGAUAUUUUAAUGUCUCUUUUUAAGUUUAUUUGGUGCAACAGGUCUACACUGUGGAAAAACAUUCCUAUUUUAGAAAUUAAUUAUUUAAAAAAACUUACUGAGAUUCUUCUUUAUAAUAUAAGUCUUUUUCCAAUGAUCUGGACAUCAGGAAGAGCCAUUUUAUCAGAGGACUGCCCUUCAGUGGUACUCCUGGCACCCAGCUUGGCUGGAGUCAUUCUUGAGCAGAUAUUUAAGACAAAACAUACUCUACUACAUUGCUAACUGACUGCUCAACAUUUUGUUGUUUGAGGUCUCUGUGCUCUCCAGGUGCUUUUGCAGGGCUCACAGUCCUACAGCUUUAGUUUUAAAACCUUUGGGAGGGGUUUGGUUAUUUUUAAUAACAAAUUCAACAUAAACGAUGUCACUCAUUGUGCAGAAAUUAUUCAAAUGCUAAAUGAAAAUAAUCACCUGACAACAUGGCUAAGAGCAUAAAGGCAAAUUCCUGUCCUAAGCUGUGCAGAGACCUGGCCCUUCCUCAUUUCUCACAGGGCAACAUUGUGCUUUUGUGAAGUUUGUCAGAGCCAGCAGACUGAUACUAACAAACACAGUAGAAUUUUUUCUUUCUGUCCUUACAUUUUUUAAGAUCUUUUUUAAUUAUUUCAAUGUAUAUCACUGCUAUGUUUGUGUGUACACACCAAGCCAGGCAGAGGCACAACCCAGCCCCGCAGCACUUCCCACCAACCCCCUGCCUUCCACUUUGUAAUUUUGUUUGGUUCAGCCCAGAGAAUAUUUUUUUAAUUGUUACACGAUUUGCAUUACUCCAGUUGUACUGCAUUUUAAGAGGUAGUUUUUCUAAUAAACAAUAUAUUUAAUUCAGCUGUUUUUUAAAAGUAGCAGUUUAUGUAGCAACUGAUCACUCACAGUUGUGAAGAAUGGAAUUUGUGGAGACACUGAAUCAGAUUGGGGUUGCUUCAGUUCACUUCUAAAGGUGCAAAAGAUCAGGGUUUUUUGUCCAUUUGUUUGAAUUAGCCAAGUGUCACAUUACAAAUACAGUUACCUUGCUUUCUAUUCAAAAAUAAACGAGUGCUCAAAGUGUCA